AUGACUUCAGUCGCUGGCNUGAGACCACACGAAGGGCCAACCACCGAUGUGAUCCUGCUGGGUCACAGUAUGGGUGGUCUGCUCUGCGCUGAGGUAGCUUUGAUCCCAUCCCUUGCAGAUGGAUCUCUACGCCACCGUCUGAUCGGCACUGUCAACUUCGAUGUGCCUUUCUUGGGUAUGCAUCCUAGAGUCGUCAAGGUUGGCUUAGCCAGCAUCUUCAGCCCAGCCCCUCCCAAGUCGCCACAAGACGGUAGCAAUACGCCAUCUGUUUCAAACAUGCAAACUACAGGAGACUAUUUCAACGACAAACCAUCUGCGAGCACGUCCACACCCAGCAUAAAGAGCCCAGAAAGUUCGUUCUCGCCUUCUCAACUGGACCCUAACUACAAUCCAGCUUUCAAGAAUGAUGUGAUUCUCCCUGUGAGGAAAGGAUGGGAAGGAGCUUGGUACUUUCUCAACAAGCACUCUGGUGAUCUAAGAACAGCUACCAAGCAACUGGUCAAGUCUCAUCUAGAGUUUGGAGGUGCUAUGGCGGACUAUGGCGGCCUCAAGCUCCGAUACACACGUAUCAGAGGUCUAGAAGAGCAAACUGAGAGAACCAGAAAAGCAGUGAUAGGAAGCUCUGUCGCACCGCCAAGAGUGCGCUUUGUCAACUACUAUACUUCCAGCACGGGUCGGCCCAAGAAACCGAAAACGCCAACAUCACCCGAGAUAUCCGUCGAGACUCCCACAUUGACCAACAACGGUACUGACGUAGAUCACAAGACGACCGACGAGGAUCAUGAAAAGUAUUCUGGCGAGUUUAGCCCAAGAGAUGAUCAACUGUUGGAGACAGAUGACGAUAUUAAAGAGUUUGAAGCAACAGAAAGUAUUGGAUCAGUAACAAUGGAUCAUCUGGAGCCUGCUCCAAUGUCCGAGAUCGGUGGUGAUUCUUCUGACAUCGAAUCUUGGGUCGACGCAACAGAGAACAUGGAGAUUGCCUCAUCUAGCUCGAGGGUAGCAGAGGAUGCGAAAAAUAACACUCUCAAGCCCGAANAAGACCCGGUUAUCGACACAGCUUUGUCAGAGAAAUCUCCCGAAGUCAUUACUAGUAGUCUUCAAGCUCUACCGCCUGUGCCCGACCCACCUGCAAAGCCAGAGAAGCCACCGUUUUUCGCAGACAAGGAAACUCGAAAGUUGGCCGAGAAAGAGUACGACAGGGUUUUGAAGCUAUACUUUCGAGCAGUCAAGGACCGUGAGAAGGCACUUCGAGAUCGUGAGAAGCUGGAGAAGAAACGUGAGCGCCAAGCCAUCAAAGAAGGAAAGAAGGCAGAGAAAGAGGUCACUAAGGGUGAUAAAAGCAAGGAGAAGGACCGUAAGAAGACGAUUGAGAGAAGGGAGACGGAUCAGGAGAGUGUCCUGGCGGCUGAGCAGAGAGAGGCACAAAAGGAGUGGAAAGCUGCCUUGGAUCAUUCCUGGAACGAUGACGACUCUACGAUCGAGCCACUUUCGAAACGCAACUCGUCCAUGCAGUCUACUGUCUUGUCUACCCAAGGCACAAGAACUCCUUCGGGUGAAGAGCAGAAGCCCUUCAAAGACCGCACGUUCUGCACUCUUCCACCCAAAGACGGCUCCGGUAACAGAGAUCCUACAUGGGUUCGUGUACUGAUGAAAGACGUCGAUCUGGUCGAAGCGCAUUGUGGUCUAUUCUUUCCGGAUCCAAACGAUGACAGGUAUGAGAAGCUGAUUGGUGACGUGGGUGAGAGAGUGUGUCAAUGGGUCGGCGAGGCAGAGAGUGAGAGAGUUGCACGGGAGUUCGAAGCGCAAGGCUAA